AUGGAGAUUGGAAGUUUGUCGAGUAGCGGAGUCUACCCAUUCAGAUUGGUAGAUUUGCUUGCUCUAAUCGCGCUAUUUAUUCUUCCCUUUUUAGUAUUCCGACGUUUGAAAAAACCAACUUUACCAUCUGUUGCAAUCGUUGGCCCAUCGGAUUCUGGGAAAACAUCGCUCCUCUUCUUUUUGAGACAUAAAAAAUUAAUACAAACGGCUGUAUCUCAGUGUACAAAUGAAUGUGAAGUUAAUAUUUCUGGUAAAGGUGUAAAAUUUGUGGAUGCUCCAGGUGCAAUUCCACACUCUUUCAAGCAACAUGUCAAACAGGCAAAGUGCGUAUUACUUGUUUUAGAUUCUUCCGAUAAAAAGAGCAUAAAAAUAGCUUCUGAUAUGCUACUUGACAUUUGUAGCAUGAAACCCGCUUCAGUCUGCAUUGUAUGUAACAAGACAGACGUUCACAGUAGCAGAAGCGCCGAAGAUAUUCAAUCAAUUAUGGAACUGGAAAUUGAGAGAAUUGUAGAGGGAAGAAGAAGUGAAAUGCAUCUGCAGAACCACGGUGGCGAUGACACUUAUUUGAUGAGUCUAGAUAUGGAAGGUUUUGGAUUCCACUCACUCAAAUGCCCUGUUGAUAUCGUGCGUUCUUCAAUCAAGAAGGGGAACGUUGAAGACGUUAUAGAGUAUGUAAAGAGGGUAAUUUAA